AUGAAUAAUAAUUCAAGUAACCUUGAGCGGUGUGCAGAUGCCGAUAAAGACAAUCUGCAAAAACCGGAUAUUUAUCUUCGCCAUCUACCAUGUCCGGAAUCGAUUACACAACAAGCAUUCACUUUCUUCGAAAAGAUUCGUGAGAACCUCUCGCGAACGAUUCAAGUUGGUGAAUAUCAUCCAGGUUUCAUUCUCUGGUCGAAAAAAUUGAAAGAAUUCAUUUCACUCUACGGAUUCUCGUUUACCAGAGAUGAUCAUAUCAAACUAAUUAAAUUGUACUUAUCGAUUAUAUCUUCGACUGAUAUAAGUUAUUCGGUUGCACAGAUCUGCUUCGAUUCGCUAAUAGAACUGUUACAGAAGAUUGAAUUGCUCACUCGAGAUGAUUUGACAAUUGAUUGGCGGAUAUUUUAUCGAUGGGUGAAACGUAUUAAAAAUCACCAGCACAAGACUUUUGUCAUGGUACCAUCGCUGAAAGAAUUUGAAACAGCCAUUCUUUACUGUACACAAAGCUGUUCGCCAUACUUUUCAUCGACGGCGACUCAAGAACUCCUCGAUGAAUUCCGCCCACAUCUAUGUCCUUUUGAUCGAAUUGCGAUUUGUGAUACCAUGCAGAUAUUUGACUAUUUCCUACCGAUGAACUUACCACCACACCUACAUGAUCAAGGAUUCAAAUUAUGGUUACCAGAAUUCUUUAAUAUUUGGGAGAAUAUCAAUAACGAAACGAUAUGGGAAGCGUAUCUUGUUAAUCUUUUCUCACGACUUGCUUGGUACAAUAUCGGCUAUAUCGACUGGACACCAUGGUUAAAUCAGAUCUUUACACAUUUUCUUCGAGGUUUUUCAUUACCUAUCGGUAAAACCCAAAAAACAACAAAGAAAUUCAUCUAUUCAAUGGGCGAUGUCGCACAAUGGAUUGUCGCUAUGAUAGGCAAUGGCAGCUCUUGUCUCGAUCAUCUUCAGGAUUUGCUCACAGCCGUACGAAGUUUCUAUUAUCCGUCGAACACGGGAUAUUUUCAGAAACAACUUGUUGACUUUCUUUUCGAGCUCACUCAACAAUUCGUCAAUCGAGUCCAUUUAGAACGGCAAACUACUUCGAUUUGGUUCUUUGCACCGCAUGAAUCAUCUCGCCUUACUGAACAGGAUAUUACAGAUUUUGUCAAUUGCAUCAAGGAAUAUGUAUUCAUAUCGAUAUUCAAUAAAGAUCAUUCGGAGAAAGCCGCAGAAAUUUGCCAAGAUUUAUCGAUUUUACGGCCAGAACUCAUUGUACCGACGAUUGUCGACAAACUCUUCAUAUCGAUCGAUGAUAUCGACGAAGCACAUCGUUUCACGUCAUUGAUGUAUUGUGUGACACGUAUAAGUCGUCAAUUAGUGCGUCAAAGCCCAUCUUAUUCUCAGGGGCAAACUUAUGUUGUGCCCUUACUGUUGUCUGUGUUAACCGGCAUCGAUGUCAAUGAUAUUGAAAAGACAUCGGUGACAAUCGAUUUUAUUGAUGCCAUUCUCAUGCUGAUUACAUGUGUUGACUGCUCGUCAGCAACAGAAGUUCGAACCGAUCUGACUGAGGUGGAGAAAGAAGUUUGUCUAUCAACAGCAAUGUUUGAAGAAUUUAUCACAAGAUUCCUGAAUGAAACCUUUGAAGUUAUCGAUAGUCUAUCGACAGAUUAUACGGAUGCGUCGAUUAUCAAUGAACAUUCAACCGAAUAUGAUACCUUUCAAAGAAAAUUGAUAUCGAUUGUCACGAGUAUUGCCCAACAGUGUAGUACCAGCAUCUUUCAAAUCGUACGACAGAAGAUCAUCAAUUUUGUCACUGGUUCAAUUUUCUCCUCGAAAGUUAGAUCAUUGGCCAUUGGACUUGUUCGAGCGAUUGUUAAAUGUCAUCCCGAAGACACACUCAAGUAUUUACUACCACAGACAUGUCAAACUAUCGAAAAAAUCUUUCACAAGGCGGAACGAAAUCUCUUGCAUGAUCAUAAAGGUGAUCAAGAACUAACUUGGUAUAUAUGUUUGUUUGCGGAACUUCUUCAAGCUCGUGGUGAUGUUCUACUUGAAUACAAAGAAAUGAUUCAAAACUGUUUUCACAGUUGCGUUCGUAUUCUUCACAUUGAUUCCUAUGAAACUGUUGCUCUAGCAAUUAAAUAUUUACUUCAAUCACUAAUAAAUGUCUAUCCGAUUGAUUCGAGUUUGAUCAUCGAAAAUCUCGACGGAUCAUUCGCAGACUUUCUGCCGAUUCGGGCAUGGGGUCAAAGUGUUGAUUUUGAUCGACUUCAAGUUCGUUAUCAUAUUCCCACUACAGAUGAAGUCAAUUUUGCUUGCGAAUUUGUCAAUGAUUUUCUCUAUGCAGAAUUAUCGCUAUUGAGCGAUAUGAAAUCAAAACUAGCGAAGGAAGAACGAAGACGAUCGCUAACGAUUAUACACAGUAUCGCCGUCGGAUGUUUUCGUAUCGUACCACGAAUCGAAAGCAAAACCAUAGAAUAUCUGUCUCAAUCGAUGGUUUCGUUCGAUUCACCAUCUCAAAGUCGAUAUUCAAUCUACUAUCGAGAUGUAAAACCAAACUUUCAUGAAAAUCUGCGAAUGCGUUUACUCCUCGAUAUUGGCAAAUUGCUUGAUAAACUAAUUGAAAUUCAAUCACAUGAUGUCCUAUCCAUCCGUUUAGCACUCUCCAUUUGUGUCUUAUCAUCUGAAUACUAUGGGAUCUUUGCUCGUGAAGUCGAUCAAAUGCGUGAAGAUAUUCGAUCAAUCACCAGCUUAGUUCAAAGUCCUAUUCUUGGUAAACGAGAUUAUCCUCGGUUUUUAUCGAUCAAACAACUUCAAUUGCAAAUCGAAGCAUUUGAAUUACAUAACUUCCGAUUGUUGACUGAAACUGACCAACAAAUCGGAUUUAAACUGUUUGAUUUAUCAAUCAGUCGACAUAGUGAAAUUCGUUCCAAAGCUCAAGAAGAACUGUUUCAUUUUAUCAAUCAUUAUAAUUUAUCUUGGAUAAAAUUUCUCGAUCGCAUCGUCGAACAACUUUCAACAUCUAAUAAAACUAAUCAUCAUCAAGUUAAAGGUUGCUUAUAUAUUCUUCUCGGCAAUGAUACAUUCUUCUUACCAACGAAGCAUUCAUGGUCAAUGAUGAGUAAAAUCUGGCCGUUGAUGGUUAAGAUCAACCAUACGAAUAGACUUAGCAUUCAAAAUCUAAUCGAACGUAUUAGACAGAACGUUGAGAAAGAUUUUGAACCGUUGGAACUGAGUUUGGAUAUCGGACACGAUGCUCAAUGUGCAGCUGUUGACCUUUGGCACGAACUAGAAAACGACGAGCUAGAACGAAGCCAACAAAUCCGCGAAAGACAGCGUGAAAGCAAUCUUCAAUCAUACCAUCAUCUAAUUGAUACACUUCACUCCUUACUUCGAGAUGAAACUUUAACUUGGGGACAGGAGAAGAUUGCCAUGUCAUUUUUACACUUACUCCUUCGAAAAGAUGUGCCAUUGUCCGCAUCAUGCGUUAAAACAUGCGUUGAUUUUCUCAUUCAUGACAACGCAGAAUUGCGAGAGUAUGCUUUUAAAAUCAUGACGACAUUUUGUCGUAUACAAAAACCACCGCGAAUAUUUAUUGAAAAAUCAAUUGAAGAAAUCUUUCGCGAUGCUGGCCAAUCAUUAGCAGUGCCCGAUAAAGAUCAAUGUCAACCGGGCGCACGCGAAGAUAAUCUAUGGAUCACAUUCAACGAUUACGAACUUCCAAAAACCCAAGAUGAAUGGGAACAAACAUGCUUUCUGGAUGAUGUGUUCUAUGGUUAUUAUCAAUGGCCGAAGACAAUUAAGUAUGCAAUGAACAAACGAGAACGUUAUACUAUAAACAAUAUGCCCAAGGAAGUCUCGAUUAUAUUCAAUCGUUUUAUGGAUAAGAAUUUUGUAAAACAAAUGUUGAAAGUCAAUGUUAACAAUGAAAAUACGACACGAUUCGAUAGAAGUCGAUUUGAAAUGUUUAAAGCUCUCUUUCGAAAUUUUGGUCUUGCAUUUGUUGAUAAUUUCCUGGAAGAAUUGACUGCGCUCAUGCGUAAAAGAGCACAAAUCCGACAAGAACAUCGACUAGUGGCUGAAAUUAUCGCUGGUAUGAUUCGUGGUUCGAAGUAUUGGACAUUGGAGAUGCUUGAUACAUUUUGGCAAAAGUUAACGCCAUUUCUCAAUGAAGUUAUUGCUAAUCUUAACCCCGAUCUCUUCAUUUACUGGGGCUCCUGUCUUCAAUUUAGCAUGGAAGAUCAAGAUCCUCGUCGAAUGUUUCACGCAAUAGAGUUCACUCUCAGUCUCAUUGACAACCAGACAUGGGUCAAUACAUUCAAUGAAGCAUCCCGUUGGUAUCUAGUACAAAGUCUCGCUGUGUUUCAAUGGCGUAUUCCAUCCAUCUGGUGCACUAUCUAUGAAAGUGCCAAAGAACUCAUUGAUCACCCGUCGAAAUUAAUACGACAAUUAGUUACCGUUACAUUACCAUUGACGCUCAAAUUUGAUUUGACAUUGUUCGAAGGAAAAUCAACAUACCAUCCUACGUUUAAACAGUUAAUUGAAGAUAUACGCGAACGAUUAGACCGAGCUAUAGCAAUUUGUGAAAGCAAAUCACGAAUUAAUCAUGCGGCGGAAAUCGAUAUACUUGACAACGAAGUUAGCCAAGCAUUGAGCUUGAUCCAAUCAGUGAUUGCAAUACAAGGACAAUUAUUCGCUCUGUGCCAUCAGCCCAUUAGAGAUACUACCCUUCAAAUGUUUUCCUACUUUUGUGACACUGGAAGUAUCAUGGUUAAUGAUGAUGGUUUCAGAAAUCAUUUAGCAGGUAUUCGAACAUACAUCGGUAUGGCUUAUUUGCACACAGACCUAUUAGAAGCAUUGAUUGAACAAGUUGAACAUGUUUGUACGAAAAGCAAGUGGCAAGCCCGUCUAGCGGCUAUGGAAUUCAUUCAAUACUUUGUAUUUUGUAAUUUAUUCAACAUUCGUCCUUAUUUGCGACGAUUGCAUAAACUUGUGGUUGCAUGCUUGUUUGAUGACCGAUUGGAGGUACGUUUAACAGCGUCUAUGACUCUCUCGGUCUUCUACCAAUGCAGCUACACUCCAGUUACGGAUGCAGAUCUGAAACAUUUUCGCCUGAUGAGCAAAACGCCUUACCGCUCAAUUAUAAAUGGCGAGAAAGUUGUAUCUACAAAAGAUAUUGUCAAAAGACAUGGUGGCAUUUUGGGCUUGUGUGCUAUCAUUCAAGCUAAUCCUUAUGAUAUUCCAGCUUAUGUACCAGACACAUUGAUGAUUCUAUGUGAACAUUCACACGAUCCUCAUCUAAUACAACGAUCCAUCAAACAAUGCUUGUCGGAAUUUCGUCGUACUCAUCAUGAUUCUUGGCAUGAGCAUCGAAUGAAGUUCACCGGCGAUCAACUUGGAAUUUUGGCUGAUGUGCUCAUCUCACACAACUAUUAUGUUUAA